UUUAUGACGAUAAAGAGUAUGGAUCUUUGAACAGCCCAACCCGGCCCAAUUUGAACCCGAGAGAACGGCCCACGGUUUCUUGUGCGGUAGGACUCGAACCUUCUUCUCGUUGAUAUUUUGAGCCUGCGUGAGUUCGACGCAGUAAAAGAAGCGGAAGAGGGAGAGGAGGAGGAGAUGUGCUUGGUGUUCGUUGCAGCAAAAAGUGAAGUCCUCGCCCCCAGGGCCCCCACCGACCGGACCCACGGCCAUCGUGAGGGAGGUAAAUCGCAGCACCCGAGCUAGUAUGGGACGGACCGGGUGGGAUACAGGGAUAGGGGAUUUAUUCCUCCGCUGCCACUGAAUUUCGACCCGGUGACCUCAUUGCAGCAACUCCCGCCCCAUAUCAUCUCGGAUGACCCACGGGGUCGAUGUGCUUGGUGUUCGUGUGCGACGAGGAGGAGGAGAGGGUGUUGGGGAGCUACCAAGCGCCGGGGAGCUGCCCCUUCUGCGGCGGCGCCGUCGUCGCCACCGACGUCGAGAGCGCGUGGAGGCUCUGCUUCCUACCCGUCUACUUCCACACCAAGCGCCGCUUCCACUGCGCCAGCCCCCUCUGCGCUCGCCGCUUGGUCGCCUACCGUCCUUAACCAGUCGUUAUGUGCACUGUAAUCAAAGUCCCCUGUUGAUCAUGUAAUUUAACUAGCAAAUACUGCAAAAUAAUAGUAAGGAAGAAAGCGCCGUGGACGUGCUUUUCCGGUUGAAACAAA